CGUGAUGAUGUCAUGGCUCCUGCUCCUCCCAGCGCCCGCAGUAGGAUCUCUGAGACUGGCGGCCAGAGGGUGAGGUCGGUGCGUGGUGGCGUCACGGCGCCUGCUCCUCCCUAAGCUCGCAGCAGUUCUGGCGGCGUAAGACCAUGGGGGCCCAGCUGAGCGGUGGCCCGGGUACCCCGGAGCCGGCGCAGCCCCAGCCUGCGGCGCCAGAGGUCCUGGAGCGGCCCCGGCCUCAGCCCGAUCCCGGCCCAUGGGGACCGCUGGACGACGUGCGCUUCCUUAUCGUCUGCACCUCCUGGUACUGACUCGCUCACCCUCCGGAGGAAGCCUCCUGCCCGCCUGCCACCCCUGACGUCCUUGCCUGCCUGAGUCCGGCUGGGUCCUCAUUUCCUCACCCGAGGUCCCUGUUACAACUACCCCCCCCGCCCCCCACACACCUCCAUUUCCUGGAACCCGGGAGACAACAGAGAAUUGGAGGAGGUCGCAGUAGACUAGAAGGAAAUUCGGCAGGUCCCUCUGGAGCUGCAUUAGGGGGAACCAGGCUCGGCACAUUCUACAGCAAAACCCAGCCCAGACCUUCCUGUUACCCCCAGGCUUUCUCAGCUGUCUGAAUCCUGGGGCAGCUCUUUCUCUGCUGGCCUGACCUGUCCUGUAUUGCCGAGAACUGAGCUCUUGCUUGUGUCUUAAGUUUAGGCACUAUUUUUGCUCCUCCACCCUGGAACCGACCAGAUAUCGUUAGGCUGUAGUCCUAGGAUCCUCCUGGGACCAGCCUUUUGAAAACGGAGGAUGUCUGAUCACAGGCCUGGCAAAUGAUAUGUGUGGGCAGCUCCCAGACACCCCCAAAACACCCUGUUCUUCUAAAAGCUUCUUAAAGCCAGCCUCGAAACCCGGUCUUUGUUCCCACUCAAGAAGGUGACACACUCUGUAUUUCUGUUUUAUUUAGAAAUGAUUUAAAAAACAUUAUACAAAGGCUGAUCAGUUUAAAAUGUGACCGACACUGAAAUGCUGUGAUGUCCCCCAGGCUGAGGGCAAGCUGGGCUCUGGGGCCCCCAGAGCUCUGCUCCUCUGUCUGCCCUGUCCUGGGGUGAUGGACAAACAGAUGACCACAGGCAGGGGAUCCAAGAUUGGAAGCCUCUAGGCAGAGCCCACUCUGGGCCUGGCCCUGCAUCCCUCACAUCUGCAGCCUGGGCUGCCUGCCUCCAUCUCCUGCUCUUUCCCAGCUGGCCUAGGUAGUACCAGGAACCAAUGGGGAGCCUGGGGUGGGGGGCCUAGAGCUUUCAAGAAGUGAGAGCACCAACCUGAGGAAUGGAGAGGGACCAGGAAGUGGGGGAGGGAGGCCAGGAGGAGAUGGAUGGAGGAGACACUUCUCACUUCAUCUCAGACCCCAGAGGGGUCCACAGAUGGGACACAGGUCCAGCCAGCCCACUGGAUGGCCCGGGUGAAUAACAGAACCUCCCUGUGUUUCAUCUGAGGGCACAGUGAGAGUUACCCUUGGCCUCCCAGGGCCUACCGGCAUUUCAUGUGAGUGGACAGGUGUGAGCUAAUAAAGUGCUUUGCGAAGUAUAAAA